GAUGUGUGUGGCCUGUAAUAUCUGACCUCUAAUCCCUGACCUCCAGGAUGUGUGUGGCCUGUAAUAUCUGACCUCUAACCUCUGACCUCUAAUCCCUGACCUCCAGGAUGUAUGUGGCCUGUAAUAUCUGACCUCUAACCUCUGACCUCCAGGAUGUGUGUGGCCUGUAAUAUCUGACCUCUAAUCCCUGACCUCCAGGAUGUGUGUGGCCUGUAAUAUCUGACCUCUAACCUCUGACCUCUAAUCCCUGACCUCCAGGAUGUGUGUGGCCUGUAAUAUCUGACCUCUAACCCCUGACCUCCAGAAUGCGUGUGGCCUGUCUGUCAGUGCUGUUCCUAUUGACCCUGGUGCAGCUGGGAGGCUGUCUGCUGCUAGGAGCCUUCAACAUCAAGACAUUCGGAGACAAGAAGUCCUCCAACUCAACCCUCAUGGACAUCAUCACUCAGAUAGUGCAUCGUUAUGAUAUCGUGUUGAUCCAGGAAGUGAGAGACACUGACCUAUCAGCAACCAACAAACUGAUGCAGCACGUCAACAAAGGCUUGUCUCCCUAUAGGUACCGUCACAUUGUCAGUGAGGAACUGGGCCGCAGUACCUACACAGAGAGAUACCUCUACCUGUACAGAGAGGAGACGGUCUCUGUGGCUAAGAACUACACGUACGAUGACGGCUGUGAGCCCUGCGGUACAGAUACCUUCAUCAGAGAACCCUUCAUUGUCAUGUUCUCCUCGAACUACACAGCUGUGAGGAACUUUGUUUUGGUACCUCAACACACGUCUCCAGACUCGGCAGUGAAGGAGGUUGACGCUCUGUACGAUGUGGCCACUGACGUCAGAGCUCGCUGGAACACCAAUGACAUAGUGCUGCUGGGGGACUUCAACGCAGGCUGUCGCUACGUGACGGGACCAGACUGGCAGCGGAUACGCCUCUUCACAGACCACAGAUACCACUGGCUGAUACCUGACCACGCUGACACCACCGUCUCUAACACCGACUGUCCCUACGACAGGGUGGUGGCCACCACUGAGAUGAUGAGAGGAGUGGUCCCUGGGUCGGCUGAGGUGUUCGACUACAUGACACAACUGAAGCUCAGCCACAGCAUGGCAUUGGCUGUCAGCGACCACUACCCUGUUGAGGUGAAGCUGAUUGGUCACACCCCUGCUGCAUGAGCCCGCCUCCAGGAAGUGUUCAGACACUCUCAAAUUGCACCCUAUUCACUUUGUAGUGCACUACUUUGGACCAGAGCCUUCUAUAGGGAAUAGGGUGCCAGUUGAG